AAAAUGACAUCAAGGCACAAGAACUCCAAAAGAAUCGAGGGACUAGACAAGAAUGUCUGGGUGGCGUUCACUUCAGUGGCAGCGGACCCGUCCAUUGUUAACCUGGGUCAGGGCUUUCCAGAUAUCCCCCCGCCUUCUUACGUCAAGGAGGCCCUAGCAGAGGCUUCUUCAGUGGACCGGAUGAACCAGUACACCCGAGGCUUUGGUCACCCAUCUUUGGUGAAAGCUCUGUCUCAGGUCUAUGGGAAGGUCUGCGGGCGGCAUAUCGACCCCUUCAAAGAGAUCCUGGUGACAGUGGGAGGUUACGGUUCUUUAUUCAGCACCAUGCAGGGGCUGGUGGACGAGGGAGACGAGGUUAUCAUAAUCGAGCCUUUCUUCGACUGUUAUGUACCCAUGGUACGGAUGGCGGGGGGCAAGCCUGUGCUAAUACCGCUACGCCUUAAGUCCGGGAACAAGACAGGAACAAGUGCCGACUGGUUUCUUGAUCCAGAGGAGCUCUCCAGUAAAUUCAACUCCAAGACAAAGGCCAUCAUCAUCAACACCCCCAACAAUCCCAUUGGGAAGAUCUUCUCCAGGGACGAGCUGCAGAUGAUCGCUGACCUCUGUAUCAAACACGACACUCUGUGCUUCAGUGAUGAGGUUUAUGAGUGGCUGAUCUACAGAGGACAUCAACAUGUCAAAAUUGCCACUCUUCCUGGAAUGUGGGAUCGAACAAUCACUAUCGGCAGUGCAGGAAAAACAUUCAGUGUCACAGGAUGGAAGCUGGGCUGGUCUGUAGGACCUGAGCACUUGAUAAAGCAUCUCCAGACAGUCAUGCAGAACACCAUGUACACCUGCCCCACACCGCUACAGGAGGCGGUGGCUCAGGGCUUCCAGAGGAACCUGGAGCUGAUGGGGCAGCCGGAGUGCUACUUCUCCUCGCUGCCAGAGGAGCUGGAGCUGAAGAGGGACCGCAUGGCUGCCAUCCUGCAGGACGCCGGCAUGACCCCUGUCAUUCCAGAGGGGGGGUACUUCAUGCUGGUGGACGUCACGUCUCUUAGUGAGUUACCUUUUAACUGACAUCUGUGACACAUU